UCAUCCUUUUCUUUUUAAUACAAUCUCAUAACAACUCAAAGUGAUGCAGGAUUGCUUGAAUGCCAUGAUAUGAAUGAGCCUAUCCCCUGCUUGUCUGUGUGUCUUGACAGUGCAGUGCAUGAAUACCCUGAUAUUUCAUUCACUUUUAUGCAGCUUUGCUGGUUAUCUCGUUCCUGUCCUGCUCAAACAGUAUACAUAGGCUUUCCAGUGCUUGCUUCUUGCCUGCAGACAAGCAGAGAGAGAGAGGCAGGGAGAGGAGAGAGCAAGGAGGAGGGAGAGGGUAGCAAAUGAGGUGUGGGUAAAAAUUAUGGGGGACUAGAAAAGAGAGCAGUAGCCCAGCCCUGGAAAUGGAGAGAACGAGGGUGGGGGUGAGACCGAGAGAGGGAGAAAGAGAGAGAGAGAUUAUACAGUGUAAAAUCCAGAAGAAUUCAGCUUUAGUAGUAGUACAGCGUACAGAUCAGCGGGCUCCUUCAACUGCUUUUUGUGCUCCCCAGGCUGCAGUGGGGGAGUGCAUUUACCGUCGCGCCCAGGGGGGAGAAGCCAAGAAGUAUCCUCCAAUCAGCCGUUAGUGAUUUCUCUCAUCUUGUGAGGCUGCUGAUGGUGAUUUAUCACUGACCUGAGACAAGCGCUGCACUCUGCUCAGAACUGUAACCACCUGGAAUACUCACCAUGGUUUUUAUUUCUUCUCUCAAACACAAAUACCCUCCUGUGGAUAUUUCAGAUAGAAUGACCAGAGGACAAAAGGAGGAUUAAAAUGGGCUGCCAUUCUUGAAUUUCCUUUUUUAGCCCUUCUGGAGACUAAAGAUGGACUAACUUUUACAGGUGUAUUUGUGCCAUAUGAGGACAUCUUUUUAUACUCAGUGCUUUAACAGAAGAAUAGAAGCAUUUUUCAGACUGAGAACAUGGCAAGCAGGGGAUCAUGAUAGACACUCCACUGCAAUAAUUAUGUAGGACUAAUACUCAUGUAGACAGAGUUUUAUGGUGAUGGACAGGAGAUGGAGACGGAGAGAGGGGGAGACAGUUGAAGCACACCUGCCUGCUGAGCAUGUCUGACACCUCACUGUGGCUUGGCUAGCGCGUGCUCAGGUUGUCUUUUACCAAGUUAUCAGGCUUCUCAUUGAGGUGGCAUGAGCAGAGAUAGGUUGCAUGUACAUGUCAGUAUAUGACUGAGUGUGUGUGAUGGUGUAUGGUUUGCGUUAGAAGCCAGAGUUUGGGAUUACACUGCCUCUGGAAAGGAUACAGGUGUAGUGGAGCCUUGAAUGAGGAUUAGCAGCUUUAACACCUUGUCGCUGGCAGCACACGAGGCAAUGGACCUUUUUGACAAGGCUCUCAAACUACGACCGCGCUGACACUGAUCCGCCAGAGGGUUAAAGAUAAAGGUUUAACCAACAUGAGACUCAGAGGGCGAGGUCGGCGACAGGAAGACAGUAGAGAAAGUCAUAUUAAGAUUCUGUUUCCCUUCUAAUUGAGGUUAUCCCUGAGGAAAGCAGACUGAGGUUAAUCACACCAAUAGACUGGGGGUGUUUAUAAUAGCAGAAGAGAAUUUGUUGAGAGUCAGUGAAUACUCAGAGUAUAUACAGGUUUAUAUAAAAAAACCUGCCAACCUAAAUUAAGUUAUUGGCUGUAUAAAAAGCAAACACUGAUGGUACUUGUGAUAAACAAUCUUGAUUUCUCCAAUAACCCAGUGAGCACAAAAUCUAAUUGAUCUGUGAAUUGGUUUGAUAUUGAUUUCUCUAUGUGGUCAGGAUAGAGUCUUGUCUGAUCUCUGCUUAAGAGGUCACUAAUUUAAUUAUAAUCCAUCACUCAGUCUAACCCCAGAGCAGUCAGCCAGAGUGCUGAGUGUGCCAUUGCUUAGAGAAUCAAUGGUCUGAUACUUGUCAUGAUCUCUAACAACAGAUCAGAUAAAAUACAAUACAUUCCUGCUGCAGCCUACAAUAACAAUCUGUGUGAGUUAGAUUCUGGGCAUGUUUUCUUCACGUGUCUGUUACUAUGAGGAGAGGCUGUAUGAAAAAUGAUUCCUUCAUUCAUGGCAGUUCUGCUGACAGGAAAUUUGGCAGGUUGUGUGUGCAGUAAGGUUUGUAACUAAAAGAGGCAUGUGUUGCUGACUGUCUUGAUGCGUGUGCAGGUGUGCACAUUCUUUGGGUUUGUGUCCCUGGCACGCAGCUUAUCUUAGCUGCACAGCAAGAGCUUAAAGAUCCUAAAUGGUGUAAUGUGCACCUCGUUGCACCACCCAACCUGUCCCACUCCUCCACUUCGCAGGUUAAAUUAGGAAAUAGGUUUAACAAUGCAUUGAUCCUGAAGUGAACCACCAGAACACGUGAAAGAGAGUCUUGACAGGGCUUUCAGGAGAAGUUAUCUCAGCAUACACACCCAGCAGUCCUUCAGAGAGCCUGGAAAGCAGAGCGUAGUGGGUGGGAAGCUCAGAGUGGGAGUGAGGAAAACAGGAGUGAAAACAGGACUGAGGCAAGUUCUUUGAUAGCUGCAUUGUUUGCAGCUAACUUGUUCAAAGAGCAUUGCUGAAAGUGUGCUGUUUGGAGGUUUAGUGCUGCGAGUAAAAAAAACAACUCAGGAACAGCGUGGGGGAGUUCUGCUGGAAAAACCUGCUCUAUCCUGCAUUUUUCAACACUAAAGAACAAACCAAGUCCGGGUACAGCAAGUGUACUGUACAAUCAUAUUUGACAAGUCAUCACAUAAGCAUUGAUUUGUCUGAAACAACUGCCUCAUCUGUUAAAUGACACAAGCACAAGCCAGCAGGACUCUUACAGCACAUCUUCUGUCUACAUCCAGUUCUUCCUGUUAAACAACAGUUCAAAGAUAAGACUGAAGUAAUACUGGGUGAUCCUCAAGAAGCACAUGAACUUAAACAAGCAAUUCAGAUGCAAUGGAGACAGAAACAAACAAGUGGGCUUGCGGCUCGGAAACUAUCUCCACUUUUAAAUUUACUCUGGAUUAUAACACUUGAAUCGUGAAGAGGAAGAAGAAGAGGAGAAGAGUGACGCAACCAAUUAAACUGUGUAUCCGCCGCUAGCAGGGAUGUGUUGUGUGUUACUCCGAGGAGGAGAAGUGUAGUGUACCACAACCCUGCGAAUGAGGGUGGGGCUCUCCCACUGCCACAGACAAAGACCUUGAUAAAGAGGAGAGUCCUGGUGUGAGACCUGGUCAUCUGGAGCAGUUAUAUUUUGGACCUGCAUGGUCCAGCACCUUGUCAAAAGUCACAAUGGGGUGCAACAUGUGUGUGGUUCAAAAGCCCGAGGAACAAUACAGGGUGAUGUUCCAGAAGGGUCAUAUGAGCAACAUGCUGUGCUCUUUCGAUGCUGAUGGUCGAUUUAAGGUGAGUGGGAAGGAGCUGUCCCGCCUUUCUGGGGAUCCCACCCUGGACAUACGGGACCCCGUGCUGUCCAACAUACUGAGGCGGGGGGCCCGGAGACGGACGGGCCCAGCGGGGGCUCCUGGAGGGUUAGUACCAGUGACCAUGGGCAUGGCCGACUGUGUAGACAGCUGCACCCAAACAGACAUUAGCUUCCAGCAUAUGUUGACUCUGGGCAAGAGCAGCCAGCAUCCCUGCGGAGCUCCACCCCCGCCUGACCCUCCACCAUCCCCUCCACUACCGCCGCUACUGGAGCCAUAUCUACUCAAUGAACUCUUUAUAGAGCCUGUCUACUACGACCCCACUGACUACUUCGAUAUCACUCAGCAUGAAGUGGACAGACAGGAUGAGCUGGAAUAUGAGGAGGUGGAGUUGUAUAAGUCUCGUCAGCAGGAUAAACUCGGCCUGACAGUGUGCUACAGAACCGAUGAUGAGGAGGACCUGGGAAUAUAUGUGGGAGAGGUGAACCCAAACAGUAUUGCUGCAAUCGAUGGCCGCAUCCGCAAGGGAGACAGAAUACUACAGAUAAAUGGAGUGGACGUACAGGACAGAGAGGAGGCGGUAGCUAUUCUCACCAGAGAGGACAGCACUAAUGUCUCCCUGCUCCUAGCGCGACCCGAGAUAGAGAAUGACAACCAGCUGGACCCAGAUGAGCUGGACCUGGAGCCACUGGACAAUGCUGUCCAUCUGCCCAGCAGCCACAGAGUGAGGAACGGCACCUCCGUCCUGGGUGCUGGACCAGGUGGUGUUACUGGUGGAGGUGUAUUAAGUGGCCACGGUCGCUCACUGAGCAGGGACUCACCGGAUUUGCUCCAGACAGUGCUUAGCAACAGCCAGGAGCUGGACAGUGGGGUGGGCCGCACAGAUGAAAGCACACGCUAUGAGGAGUCGUCAGAGCAUGACCUUCUGGGAGACGAUCACACCAGUGCCUCCAAUACAAACGCCACGAAUACACCCGGCAGCAUGCGCAAGUUUCUGUCUGGUAGAGGGGACACUCCGCCCUUGCUGCACUCCCAGGACCUCCAGUUCAGUGCAGACUCCCUCUUAGGGCUGGACUGUGUCAAUGGGGGAGGGCUGGACCAGGUGGAGCGAUUGGAGAGGGCCUACAUGGCAGAUCCUAUGAGGAUGAUGAUGCCUGGGCUGACUGAGGAGGAGUGCGAGAGGUACAAAGAGCUCCUGGAAAUCAAGUGUUACUACGAGAAGAACAGUAAUGCUCUGCUGCUACUGGGAGGCCAGGGCCCUGCACAAGAAGAAGGGGACGUCCCACUGGAUGUGAAUAGGAAUGAAAGCCUGACGCAGCAUGAGAUGGCCCUUCUGGAAGAGGAGCUGCGCCACUUGGAGUUCAAGUGUCGUAACAUCCUGAGGGCGCAGAAGAUGCAGCAGCUGAGGGAGCGCUGUCUGAAGGCUUGGCCGCUUGAGGACAAGAACGGAGCGAGCGCAGGGGCUGGUGCAGGAGCUGGACGCUUGGAUGUAAGUGGUAGUUUGGUCAGUGAGGAGUCCUGCCACCACGCUCUUUCAGAUAUCAAUGAGCUCCCAGAGAGGGAGCGCUCGGAUAAGGACAGUACGAGUGCCUACAACACUGGAGGGGAAAGUUGCAGGAGCACCCCUCUGGUCAAUGAACAGUACCCGUCACCCUCUACUCAGAGCCUGGAGGGGGGAGAGUCUUAUUGUUCAGCUGGUAUGCAGCUUCCAGCUUCCACUAGGCAGAGAGAGAGAGGAGCCAGGGCCGAAAGAGGGGAUGGGGUACAAGCAAACUUAAACCAACCCUACUCUAACACUCACAGAAGAGCAGCUGAAGCUAAGACAUCCAGCCCCGGAGCUAAAGUUAGGUCCCUGUCCCGAGAUGGAGGUACCAGGAGAGGGUCGGAUGGAGGGAUGAGACGUAGUCCCAAAGCCAAUGGGACAACAGAGAGGGCUGGUGGACGUAGCGCAGAAAACAGCCCUUACCUGUCCCGUCGUCACAUGGAAACAAAGCCGCCUCCCCGCUACCUGAGCUGCAUGCAGCUGAGGUCUCCCUCCACCUCUGAUCAGCUCGGUGGACUCAGAGAGACUCCCAGAGAGGGCAGCAUGGAGACUGCGGGCGACGCCAGCCCGAUGAGUUUGGGUAGCACUUGUAAAGAUGUCGUCCAGGCCUCGGGUGCCAUACCCUUACCCUUGUCCCCCUCACUGCUGCCUGCCUCCCCUCGUAUGGAGUGGAAGGUGAAGAUCCGCAGCGACGGGUCACGCUACGUGGCCAAGCGGCCUGUGAGGGACCGCCUCCUGAAGGCACGUGCCAUGAAGAUCAGAGAGGAGCGCAGUGGCAUGACCACAGAUGAUGAUGCUGUGAGUGAAAUGAAGAUGGGCCGCUACUGGAGCAAAGAGGAGCGCAAGCAGCAGCUGCUGAAGGCCCGUGAGCAGCGGCGGCGCAGGGAGUUCAUGAUGCAGAGCCGACUCGACUGUCUGAGAGAGCGCGAGAGAGAGCAGGGCAGUGGUGCACAGCAGGGGACGACGCACCAGCAGGAAUCCACCUCCAUCCUGGAGCUUUGCCACCGCAGGAGCAUGAAGAAGCGCAGUCGCAGAAUCCUGGAUAACUGGAUCACUAUACAGGAGCUACUGGCUCAUGGGAGCAGGUCUGCUGACGGGAAGAAAGUCUAUAACCCUCUGCUGUCUGUCACCACAGUCUGAGAUAAAAUGGGAGAGAGGGAGAGCGAGAUAAAAAAAGUGCCAAAGUGUUUUGAAAGAGCCUAUGGGAUAAACACAAGCUGCUUCAGUACACCUUGGCACAAAAAAUUGUCUGCAGGGAUGCAGCAACAUUUUGAAACACAAAGUCCAUGAUGGUAAUUUAAAGUAGCAAACCUGAGGCCCGAGCUUAAAAUGUUUAGAUUGGAGAAAAGCUGAUGAAUGAAACUGCCAGAGUUUGUGUGUCCAGUAACAGUCCAUACACAUCUCCCCAAACAGACAGUACACACAUUUACAAUACUGUCAGCAGCAUUUCAGAAAUGCAUUCCUUAAUCACAAGUCAUAAAUUCACAGACACAGACUACAGUAUAUUUUAAAUACACUGUAUUCCUUUAAAAUGUGUCAGUUGAAUGGACCUAAACCAGUCAGGAAAAGGUUUUCCACCUAUUUUCAUGAUGCUUUAUCUCUCACAUGAAGAAUGUGAGUCUUUUAUCUGACACAGAAACUUGGACCAGCCUGUCAGAUUUAAAAUCUGAAUGUCACAGUCAAUGCACAAGACAAAAAAAAAGUGACAAGUGAACAGACCCUAGAGAUGAUCGGGUGGAAACAGAGCACACAUUAGCAUUUUUGAAACAAUUACAUAUCCACAAAGAGAGUUCAGUUAGAAAGCUGUAGCAAGAAAAAACAAAUACGUCACCAUUUUGUGAUCUGUCCUGUUACAUAAAGCAGAGAUGCAGUGAGAGAUGGCACCACCUGCUGUUUAGCCAUUAGAGAAGUGGUGCACAACAGAAAAGUUGGCCUCUAUUACAUUUUUAUGAAUGACAGAGCAAAUAAAAAUCAAAAGUGGGGCUGAGAACCAUGCAGCUGUGAAAACACUAUGAGAAAAAGCCACUUCUGUGCCAUACAACUGUAUAUUUAGGGUCCAUAAAGGACUUUUGAUUAAGCAACAUUGUGUGUCAGUUAAUGUAGUUAUGACAUCUUCCUGCAGUGCUCUUGUACAAAUGCUCCUUUGUUUUGAUACAGGAAAUACAGCAUCACUGUUAGACCACAGAGGCUUUUUGAUAAUGAGGAGCUGAGCGGUGCCUUCCUCUCAGACUUGACUGUAUAGCACAAUUUUAAAAGCGUUAACAAAAAGACUGAAAUACUGUAGCUAAGAGGGUUAACACUGAAGCACAUAGACUUUUAAAGAAAGGCACAUUGUAUCGUACAAAGCACAGAAAACAGCUGAUAUCAAAUCCUUUUUCUCUGCUUAACUAAAUUUCCUGCUUUUCCCAGACCAAUAGGUUUUGGUCAGUAUGCAAUAUAAUUUAUUUCAGUGUUGACUGUGAACAAGGCUUUUUCAUUGCAAAUGAAAGAAUAUUCUUAGCUACAAAAAACCCAUUAAUUGGGUCUGCAGCUGCAUUAAAUGUGGAUUUUUCUAUACAGUUUCUGUCUGAUGUGUCAUUCCCAAUCUUAAUUCAGAGGUUUUUUACUUUUUAAUUAAGCGCUCUUAGAACAAGCCACUGGAUAAUUAUCCAACAAGAACGACAAUAACAGCCAAGAAUGGGGUGACUUCUUUAUAAAACCCUUUGAACAAAGCUAAUUUUUCAUUUGGCUUACAUGCAUGUUUGAUAUUGAGGCUGAAAUUGUUUUGUUUUUUUCAUGUUCUUAAUGACUAAAAGCCUUUAACAUACUGUAAUUGUGGAUGUGUCUUUCUAUGAAUUUGCUCAUAGCAUAGAGGAAAAAAAAACAUGUACCUGUUUGUUCAAUAUUGUGAUGUCCAGUGUCUGCCAUUUUACAGUGAAAGCUUUUCUAAAUAAAUGCUGUCAUCAUGAUAA